AUAAUCAACAAGUAUCUACACAUAUUCAAUCCAUCUUAUUUUUCCUUCCAAGUGGGGUCCUAGGACCUCACUCCUCUUCACCUCCCUCCUCCACUGCUUGUGUAUCCAAUUAGUAGGCAUAAAUGACAUAAAAAGAAACUUAAGGGGGAAAAAUAAAGUGAAGGAAGAUAAUUCGCUUGGUUUGUACUUAUCAGGGGAGGGUCUAGGAUAGGGUGUAUAAUUUAUGGUUAUUCACAAAUGCACAACUAACUUCGGUAUAUUCCAAAUACCAACAUCAAACUUCUACUGUUAAUGGGGAGGCCGAUUAACCUCAUAAUCACCUACCUCAAUUUAGCUAAAAGAACGUUGGGAUGAGAAAUUCUAACAUAUCAAUUUGACCCAAUUGUUUUGUUUUGAGACAAUCUGUCCAAAUUGAUCCGUUUGGCAGGACAAAAUUUAGAUGAAGCAAUUCUGCCUAGGGAAUUUCAAAUUGACUCGUUUGAGGCCAUUACAAUUGUCUGGGGUAGAUGCUGACAAUUCGAAUGGACUCAUUUUAAAUGACUCGUUUUGUAAAAUGAGACGAUUGGCUAAACUAUCUCAUUUUUCAAUAGACCCAUCCAAAUGGUGAAGGUUAAUUGAAAAGGAAACAAAGACACUUAAAUACAAAAGCUCUCCCCUAUUUCAAAAUCCUCUCGCUUCUCUCUAGCCUUCUACAUUAUGGUCCACAAGGCUGUCGUUGGCACCACUUUGGUGAUCGAUGGUGGCCUUAAUUCCCAUUUUAAUAGUCUUUUCUCUUUCUCUCCAGUUUUCCUUUGUGCGUCUUUGUUCUCCAACCAUCGUUGGCUCCUCCAAUUCUGUUUCUGAUUCUCAAGCCCUUGGUGGCUUCUGCAGAUCUGAUCUGAUUUCCUGCCUUGAUGGCUUUUCAUUGCCUUUGGUGGCUUUCUCUAGGAUUCCUAAGUGGUUUCCUUCCACAUUCCUCCCUGGUGGAGAUGUUCAGUCUUGUUAUGAUCUGGUUUCACUAGAUCUUGUCACUCUAUUCUAGGUACGGAAGAUGCAUUAUGGGGAGUUUCUGCUUGAUCUGUUGUAAAGAUUCCUCCAUUCUUGGUGUGAUUAUCCCACUGGUGAUCGCAUUCAUCGUUUCCCCUCAGACAUCGUCACCGUUUCAUACUUUUUGCAGCCUUGUCGAUCAUCUGAUGUGGGUAGCUUUGUCUCUUCCGAAUGUUGAGGCGGCGGGUUCAUGACUCUCUGAGUUUGGGGUUCUACCUUGGGUUGAUUUGUUUUUGUGUUUGUGGGUGGUUGGUGACAUUGUGAGUGUUGCUUCUUUUUGUUGUUUUUUGGGUUUUGGGUGGUCUCUUUUAGCUUUGUGUUUCUGCAGGUGCGGUUCUUACUGGUGGUCUUCUUUUCUUUUGUUUUUUGUGGGCUCUUUCCAAGCCUUGGUGCAAUCUUACUCUGUUUUGUCAUGGUUACCUCUGUUGUUAGCUCCCUUGCCUUGUUUCAGCUCCGAGCAAUAUGGUACAGUCCUGUCCACCGCCGUGUAAUCUCUUUGGUGGUUCACUGUGAUGGGUCGUCUUCGAACAACUCUCAAGAGGCGGCAUGUGGUGUUGCAAUGUUCAGUUGCCAUGGUCAAGCCUGUAUUGGACGAGCUGAAGUUGUUCUUUGAGAAAUUCUGAUGAAUGAGGAAGCAAAGAGUGGUUAGGAUGUUUUGUUUUAUGGCUCAAGAAAAGAAAGCCAUUGUCUGGUUGGAUCAUGCUUUGCUUUCCUUUGUCCCGAUCUUUUCCUCGUUGCCUUGGUGUGUUCCGCUGGAUGUUUGUUGUUGUUCUUUCUUGUUUCCAUUUCUUAAGAUGGUAUCCACUCAAUUAGAGAUGGCAAAAUAUCAAUAAUCGUGGAUAUUUGCUUGAAUCCGACCUAAUCGGGUAGGGUAAAACCCGAACCUGAAAGAGUUUUAGUGUGUACGGGUAAAACCCGAACCUGAAUAUUGUGGGAAAUGGGUGGACAUGGUUUUCUCACUAUCCAACCCAAACCCGCCCGAUUGUACACAUGCAUACAUAUUUUACCUAGAAAUAAUCAUUAUUUUUCUCUAACAUAUUUUAUAUUUAGCAUACAAAUAUAAUAUUUUCAUGAAAUUAUGUUGUUUUAAUUAAUUUUCUCCAUUCUAAUAAUUUAUUGUUGUACGUUUCUUCUUAAGUAAUGUGAGUAUAUGUGUGGAUGUUAACAUAUUGGUUGGAAUUUUAAAAAUAAACUAUUAUCCAUUGAUAACCGUGGAUACCCGAAACCCGAACGAGUAUGGGCACAUUUUUUAUUUUUUACCCAUUUCUUAUGUGGGUAUGGGUAUGGGUAAAACCCGAACUAUUUCGGGUAGGGUAACGGAUAUGCCUCAUCCGCCCUCGACCCGACCCGAGCCAUUGCCAUCCCUACACUCAAUGUAACCGAAUUCAUUUGAUGAGCAAUAUAAGUGAUUCCAUUGUAAAAUGAAAAUAUACAAAAGCUGGCCUCCUUCUAGAAGAAAGUUUGAGGCCUUCUACCACAGUAAAUACAAAUUUUGAAGGUUCGAAUUUUUCUUCACAAUAAAUAUCAAAAUAAAUAUUCUUAUGUAAAAAGCUUUUUCAAUGUAAAUUUUGAAAUGAAAUUCAAAAGAAAGAGAUAUGAUUCGGUUAUGAAAAAAACGAGAUUGCGAAAAUAUUUUAUCCAACUCUUAGAGUGGCCAAAAAUAGAGUUGACACCUUUAAACUCGUAUUUGAAGCCAAUAAGAAACUGGACCAUGUAAUUACCAUAAUACUCCUCAUCCACUUGCACUAGAUGUUGCAUCGUGAGAGAUUGUGUUGUGUUGUGUUGUGUUGAUAUGUGAUAUGUUGUGAUGUUAUUAUACACUUAAUCUUUUGCCAAGCACUACAAAUCUCCAGGGUAAGGAUUACAACGAGUGGAAUUUGGUGGAUAGUGAGUAUUUAUUACCCUGCUCUACCUUAAUUAGUUUGAGUUUUAUCCACACAUAUUCAUGCAAGAUUCGAGUAGUAAAUUAAGAUAUUUACAUAUUUGAUCGACUUUCAGGUAUUUAUUUUUCUUUAUGUUCUUACUAUUGUGUUAUUAAUUACAGGUAUACUAAUAUUACAAAAGUGAAAAUUUUUAAAUAACAAAUCACCAUGAUAAGAGGAAUAAUACUAAAGGAACACUAGUUCUUGAUAUGCUACAAAUAUACUAUACAUAUUGUA